AUGGAUUUCGGUCGAUUCAAUUUCAAUCGAAUCUGGAAGAAGGGGUUUGAAGCUCUCGAUGGUGAGACUAGAGACGUUGUAUUCGUCAGGAGAGUCUUGAGAUCAAGAUUGAGCCAAGGAGCACAAGAAGAAGAAGUAGAAGUAGAAGCACCUUUGACCCAUGCUGAGGCCUCCCGUGGUGCCACCAUACUCAGAGCCUUGCCGGAGCACGACAACGUGAUAUCCUAUAUCACAAGCGGCGAGGUAGGGCCCGAUUUUUACUGGGUGGUGGAAUUAUUUGAUAAGAAUAUGUUCGAUUUCAUCUACGGACAUCCUCACGAAGUGAACAUGUCGAUUAUUCACAUCAUCAUGCGUGCUUUGCUGCUGGAGGUGGAACAUCUCCACGCGCAUGGAGUAGUCCACCGCGAUUUGAAGCCUACAAACGUGCUUAUCAAUCAAGUCACGGCUGAUGUGAAGAUAGGAGGCUUUGAGCAGGCCAGACGUACCGCUGGUUUUCCGGCUCCCCACCCGGAAGAUGCUUACUCGCCGGUGCGUUGCACUAGCACAUGGUACACGGCACCUGCAAUGGUGGAUCCAGGAUUCAAUUGUUGUCUAGGCUAA